CGAGUGUGUAUUGUGUAUAUCUUAAUAAUUGUUUGUUAUGAUGUUUUUACAAUCUUGUUAUACAAAUUAAUUAAAAGUGUUUUUGCAAUUUUUUGGAAACUAUGACGACUUCCGAGCAAAUCGGUCUAAAUAAAACAUGGGAACUCUCUUUGUACGAGUUACAUCGAACUCCCCAAGAAGCGAUCACCGACAACACAGAAAUAGCAGUGAGUCCAAGAAGCCUCCACAGUGAAUUGAUGUGCCCGAUUUGUUUGGAUAUGUUAAAAAAGACUAUGACUACAAAAGAAUGUCUUCAUAGAUUUUGUUCCGACUGCAUUAUUACAGCAUUGAGAUCUGGUAAUAAAGAAUGCCCUACUUGCAGAAAAAAACUAGUUUCAAAAAGGUCCCUUAGACCAGAUCCGAACUUUGAUUUGCUAAUAUCGAAAAUAUAUCCAAGCAGAGAUGAAUAUGAGGCUCACCAGGAAAGGGUUUUGGCUAAGUUAAAUAAAAGCCAUUCACGAGAAGCUUUAAUGCAGUCAAUUAAAGAAGGAAUUAAAAUUCAAUCCCAAAACAGACCAAACAGAGGAAGAAAGACUAACGAACCCGUGGUUGGCGGCCAAGAGAAUAACUCUGAAGAAAAUAAUCCAAAUGCACCAAAUGCUGCAGAUACUGUUGUACCUGCAAUUACUCAGCCUGUAGUAGCCACUCCUCCUGUUCAACCACCUCUUCAAACUAAUGUCACAGCAGCUCCCCCUGCUGCAAAUACAAAUGCACCCAGCCCAUCACCAUCAGGCAGAAGUACCCCCUCACAACCACCUAGUCCUGUCUCAUCUAGUGUUAGUUCAAUAAGUAAGUCAUUGGGGAAACGUCCAAAAAGUGUCUUAACAUCUGAAAGAAGUGAAGAAAGUGAAUCUAGUGAGAGAACAGAACAGACAGAUACUGAGGGUGAAGGUCCAUCUGAGCCAAUGACACUAAAUGAAAUUGAAUUGGUAUUUAAACCACACCCUACUGAAAUGUCAGGGGAUAAUUCUUUGGUGAAGGCAUUAAAAGAAAAUUCUAUAAGAUACAUCAAAACAACUGCAAAUGCAACAGUGGACCACCUGCACAAGUAUCUUGCAAUGCGUCUUACACUUGAUUUAGAUUCGCAGUUGUCAACUACACACAAUUUACUCAAUUUUUGCAUUUACAUAUCUCCAGCCACCGGCCAGUAUGUGCAGUUAAACGGUAACCAAACUCUUGGUCAGGUGAAUGACAAAUAUUGGAAGGUGAAUAAACCCUUGGAGAUGUUUUAUUCCUGGAAAAAAACAUAGGGAAUGGGUAAGGGGCCAAAAAAGGCUCCCUAAAAGGGUGAGCGAGGAUUUUUUGAAGACGGUGUAUUUAAUCAAUGGAAAGAUAGCAAAAUGGUUUGAAUUGUAUAAAAUUAGC